AUGCUGGCCACUGGAACGAACAUCAUGCACCCAAGCUUUUCCACCGCCUCCCUAUAUGUGGGGGAUUUGAACGAGGAUGUGACCGAGGCAGUCCUGUAUGAAAUUUUCAACACAGUCGGACAUGUGUCGUCCAUAAGAGUAUGUCGAGAUAGCGUAACAAGAAAAUCAUUGGGUUAUGCAUAUGUGAAUUAUCACAAUUUAGCAGAUGCAGAGAGAGCACUGGACACAUUGAAUUAUACAAAUAUAAAAGGACAACCAGCUAGACUUAUGUGGAGUCACAGAGAUCCAUCUUUAAGAAAAAGUGGUGCUGGUAAUAUAUUUGUGAAAAACUUGGACAAGUCAAUUGAUAAUAAGGCCCUAUUUGAUACCUUCAGUAUGUUUGGAAAUAUUUUAUCCUGCAAGGUAGCAACAGAUGAAUUUGGUAAAAGCAAAAGCUAUGGUUUUGUUCAUUAUGAAGAUGAAGAGAGUGCAAAGGAAGCUAUUGAAAAGGUUAAUGGAAUUCAAUUAGGAUCUAAGAAUGUGUAUGUGGGUCAUUUUAUUAAAAAAUCUGAGCGAGCUACUAACGAUACCAAGUUUACCAAUCUGUAUGUGAAGAAUUUCCCCGAUAGUGUUACCGAGACACACUUGAAACAGCUGUUUAGCCCAUAUGGAGAAAUCACUUCCAUGAUUGUGAAGACAGAUAAUAAGAACAGGAAAUUUUGCUUCAUCAAUUAUGCUGCUUCGGAGAGUGCAAAAAAUGCUAUGGAAAAUUUGAACGGGAAAAAGAUUACGGAGGAUGGGCAGAUAGAUCUUACGUACGAUGCGAAGAAGGAAGAAGGAGAGAGUGGAAGCGGUGCAGAUGCUAAUGGAGUAGCAGGUGAAGGAGCAGCAGGCGAUGCGAAGGGAGACAAUAACAAAGCUGCUACUACUGCUGCUGCUGCUACUGGUGAUGGUGCCAAAAGUGGUGAAGAAAUUGACGGCGCAGCUAACACCACAGCGGCCACGUCUGAAUCUGCCAAGGGGAAAGAUGGUACCAAUGCAGAAUAUGAUGAUAAGGCUAAUGCAGCAUCAGGGGAAACUUCAACAGACGCAGCUGCUAACGCGAAGGAUGAUGCAGGAAGUACUAGUGGAGCAAAUGCAACCUCGCAAGGAGAAGGCGCAAAUGGAAUUAGUAAAAAGGAAAGUGGUUCAGAGAACGCAGACAGUCCUAACAUUUUAUAUGUAGGCCCUCAUCAGUCUAGAGCCAGAAGACAUGCCAUUCUGAAGGCCAAAUUCGAUAACCUUAACAUGGAGAAUAAGAACAAACACCAGGGUGUAAAUCUGUAUAUAAAAAAUUUGGACGAUGCGAUUGAUGACCAAACGUUGAAGGAAUUAUUUGAACCAUAUGGAACAAUCACAUCGGCGAAGGUCAUGAGAGACGACAAGGAACAAAGCAAAGGGUUCGGUUUUGUCUGCUUCGCUUUACAAGAAGAAGCAAACAAAGCAGUGACAGAAAUGCACCUGAAAAUUAUUAAUGGAAAGCCGCUGUAUGUUGGAUUAGCAGAAAAGAGAGAACAAAGAUUAUCUCGACUACAACAACGAUUCCGUAUGCACCCCAUAAGACACCACAUGAACAAUGCAUUAAAUUCUCCCAUGCAGUACCCAAAUCCACAGUCCCCACAGUUGCAGUUUAAUCAGAACACAUUAAAUUAUGGAAGACCAGUGUUAACUCCAUUUAACCAAAAUAAUCUCAUUUCGUGGAGACACCAACAAGCGGCACAACAACAAGUAGUUCACCAACAGGCAGCUCAACAACAGCUAAAUUUUAAUGCAAAUUUAAGAGGACAAAUGAACCAGAUGAGAUUCUACGCACAAGGAGGAGCAAACAUGUUGAAUAACAGCAUGAAUCAAAAUAAGGUGAAUUCGCAACUACACCCAGGACACCAAUAUCCUAAUGCAUUAGGGCAAGCAAAUCCACAGCAACAAAAUUUAAAUGCACCAGGACAACACAACAAUAACCAACCUAUGCAACAACAGCCAGGAAAUAACCAAAUGAUAAAUAAUAACAUGAGAAAUAUGAACAGCAGAGCUAGCCGAAAUAUGGGAGGUGGAAAUAUGGGUAAUAUGUCGAAUCAGAAACAGCUACCCCUCAACAUGGUAGGAAAACAGAACACUGCGCAAGCCAAUCAGAUGAACCACCAAGGACCACCUCCACCACAACAACCACAGACUCAACAACAGACUCCACAGCAGCAGACACAACAAAAGUCAGCUCAACAAAUGCAACAACAGGUACCUCCAAAUGGAAAUUUUAAAUUCACAUCACAAGCAAGAAACCGUAUGGAAAUGCCAAACAAAAAUGCAAAUAAAGUUAACCCAAUUAAUAACAUGAAUGUAAACUUUAACAACAACUCUACUUUAACCGCUGCUGCUCUGGCAUCUGCACCUCCAUCCAUGCAGAAGCAAGUUUUGGGUGAAAAUUUAUUCCCCCUGGUUGCGAACUACCACCCUACUCUAGCUGGAAAAAUUACAGGAAUGAUGUUGGAGAUGGACAACUCCGAGUUGCUAAUUUUGCUCGAAAAUGAAGAGCAGUUGAAGAAGAAAAUUGACGAGGCGCUUGUCGUGCUGCAGAAGGCUAAGUAG